GAACUGCGCCGCACGCUCCCAGCUUUUCGGGCUAGUGCGCUAAUAAGAAAUACAAGGAUUUUACAAUAGGAUGUGUUCAAGAUUUCAUAACGGAAAGGAGGAGUUUUUUUUAACUAAGUGAAGAAGUAAAACAUACUACAGUAGGCUACUAUUUCCUGACGCAAGCACACACCUGAGUGAUUUUGGUGGUUCGAUCCAGGAUGAAGUGAAGUAAUGUGCCGCAACAUUGAAAUAAUUCGGAUAUCUGAAACAAGCUUGAAUGGAAUACCCUGAUUGCUAUUUGUAAUGUGCGCUUUUAGCCACGACGUAAACUGUUCCCAGGGCAGUUUUGGGGGAAUGGAGAUAUUAGUCAGAGCUGCGUAAUGGGUUUAUAUGCCCGUGGAUAUAGGCUACGUUUUGUCUUCACUCUUUUAACGACAAUGCAGAUAACAAGUAAAUAAUCAAUAAAUAAAAACCAUGCACCAUCUAAAUCUCUGGAGAUAUGGCAUGCAUUCUCCUCUAUAGCCGAGUUGCGCCGUCUUCAUAUAGGCAUACCAGGACAUGCGUCUGCAUAUUUUCCCUAUCUCUAUCACUAUCAUAUAUAUGCUACUGUCUCUUAUUUUCUUCUGAUGCUAUCAUGCAAAAACCAAGUGAUCCAACGCAGAACUGCCUGCGCCUCAAGAGUGAUGGAGGCAAAAAACUUCAGCAAAAAUCUCCUUACUGCACUUUGCCAUUGGACGCGAGAGCGUCAAGGGAAAUAUCUCUCCAUGAAGCGAACCAAAGCAACGCCUCGGUUAAUCACAACACAGUUCGGAAUUUCACAUCAGACCGUCCUACCACUAACAACAUGGGCAGUGGGAAGUUCGGGAAUAAGAAGUUGCCAAAUGCCAUAAUUGUCGGUGUUAAAAAGGGCGGCACAAGAGCUGUCUUGGAGUUUAUCAGAAUCCAUCCGGACGUACGGGCGGUCGGCACAGAAACGCAUUUUUUCGACAGGAACUAUGACCGUGGACUAGACUGGUACAGAUGCCUGAUGCCACGGACUAUGGAGAGCCAGAUCACCAUGGAGAAGACUCCCAGCUAUUUUGUAACAAGGGAGACACCUCGCCGGAUCUCCGCCAUGUCCCGGGACACCAAGCUGAUUGUGGUGGUGCGCGACCCUGUCACCCGGGUCAUCUCUGACUACACGCAGACCCUGUCCAAGACACCUGACCUUCCCAGCUUCCAGGAUCUGGCCUUCCAGAACCAGAGUUUAGGAUUGGUUGACACGUCUUGGAAUGCCAUCCGCAUCGGCAUGUACGCUCUGCACCUGGAAAACUGGCUCCGCUACUUCCCCCUGUCCCAGAUCCACUUCGUCAACGGGGAGCGGCUCAUCACGGACCCGGCUGGAGAACUGGCGCAGGUUCAGGACUUCCUGGGUCUGAAACGCAUCGUCACGGACAAACAUUUCUACUUCAACAGGACCAAAGGAUUCCCCUGCCUGAAGAAACCAGAGAGCAGCAGCUCACCCCGCUGCCUGGGCAAGUCUAAAGGUAGAACCCACAUUCAGAUAGAUCACGACACUAUCGAGCAGCUACGGGACUUCUACAGGCCAUACAAUGUCAAGUUUUACGAAAUGGUGGGUCAAGAUUUUAGAUGGGAAUAGAGAUUUGUGGGGAGGUCCGCAGUUUACAAGUGGCACAAGGAGAGACAAGAUGUCAUCCAUGAAUGUACGCACAGUUUAAAUGUUUUUUUUGGUGUGGUUCUAUGGACCUCCUGUUUGGCUGUUGGUAAUAGUGUGGCUCUAGCUAAAGUCGUGGGUCCAAGUCUCGAAGGGAUCACAUACACAUAUUUUAAAAAUAUGUACAGUGCAUUCGGAAAGUAUUCAGACCCCUUCCAACAGGACAACGACCCUAAGUACUGAGUAAAGGAUCUGAAUACUAAUGUAAAUGUGAUAUUUCAAUUUAAAUGUUUUUAUAAAUUGGCAAAAUUGGCAAAAAUUCAGGUUUUUGCUUUGUCAUUAUGGGAUACAGUGUGUAGAUUGACGAGGUGGAAAUGACAUUUAAUCCAUUUUAGAAUAAGGCUGUAACGUAACAAAAUGUGGAUAAAGUGAAGGGGGUCUAAAUACUUUGAAUGUACUCUACUUACUGUCCUGUUAGUCGCUUUACAUAAGUGUCCGCUAAAGUUUUGAAAAUCUCUUGGCCUUUUCCUGCUGACUAGCUUUCCUCUGUUGCUGACUAAAUAUAUAAAAUAAGCCAAUGUCAUGGGAUAGAUGUAACUCCCCUCACUAAUCUCAACUGAGAUGUGAGCAUCAUCUUCAGAGAGGGAUAUUAUUGUAAAAGAUAAAUGGCACUCUGGGCUUGAACUAAAACUGAAGUGGGAGCUGGGAAGCCUCUGUUGAUUCAUGUACUGUAUACACUGAAAAACAUUCUUGCUGUUUUGACAGUAUUAUACAAUAAAACUAACAGUAAAA